UGGGGGUGGGAGGGGUGUUGGCCAAUCCUGCAUGUGUGGUCCUUGGCAGCAGCCUCCCUGGCAUGAGGGUGAAGCAGAGCCUUCAGAGUGGGGGCACCUUGCUGGGCUUCUUGGCUACCAGCCUCACGAUUCUGUCCACCACCACCAACUACUGGUUCCGCUACUCUGGGGGCCACAGUGGCCUGUGGCAGGAGUGUAACAGUGGCAUGUAACCCAACAUCCCCGGCCAGACCAUGCCGGCGGUGACUGGGGCGUUCAUGGUGCUAGCGGCGGGCUCCGGCAUCGUGGGCUUGGGUGGGGCCUGGGUGCAGCCUCUUGGCCACUCUCACCCGGGGGGUAGGCGGGGCCCAGGCCUGCGGCUGCUGAUCGCCUUGACAGGCUGCUACAUAGUGAAGAAUAUGUGGAAAAACGACGUCGUCUUCUCCUGGUCCUAGUUUUUGGGGUGGCUGACUUUAUCCUUCUCUGUUCUCGCGGGCUUCUGCUUUCUGCUGGCGGACAUGAUCAUGCAAAGCACGGAUGCCAUCAGUGAAUUUCCAGUGUGCUUGUGACCGCAGGUGCUUGGCAGAAUAAAGGAACGGCUUCCACCGCA